AUGACAACUACUCCCUUGCGAGUUCGCCAAGAGCCAGUUCUGCUACGACUCUUCGAGUGGUGGCAGAGGUCUCCCCAGUCCGUCGCGAUCAGUGACCCUCGCCGAGAGGAAGAGGACUUCACGAUCGCGAAUCUACUGUAUGAUGUCUUGAGCGUCAAACAAGAUCUCUACGAGGCCCUGAGCGAGGAUGCGAGAGCCCAACUCCAAGAUCCUAAGACCGACGUGUGCAUCGCUCUCAUCGCCCAUCCCGGAUACCGGUACUGUGUGCUUUUGCUGGCGAUAUACGCUCUCGGAGGAGUCGCUGUCCCGCUAUCACCGACCAUCCAUCCGGAGGAAUUCACCUAUUUCCGCGAUGUCACCAAUGCAGUGCUCCUGACCGCAAUGCCCGAGGCCACCCAGCGCGUCAAUGACAUCUCGGCCCUGACGGGUGUGAAUUCAUUCAUCUUCGACAAAACCGCGCCGUUUACUGGCCCCGGACCCGAGUUCGUCCUCGACGCCGACACCCCUCCCAUCAGCCCCGACAAAGGACUCUUGGUCAUCUUCACUUCUGGCACCACAGGUCAACCCAAGGGCAUCCUGCAUACCCGGGAACGCGUCACGAUAGGCAUCCAAGCCUGGGCUGAGACACUGGGGCCCUCGUCGAGCGAUACGUGGCUGCAUACCUCGCCCGUGAACUGGAUGGCCGGGUGCAUCCGCGUCUUCAUCUGCACGGCGUCUGGCACGAGGAUCCAGUUCGGCGACGGUUCCGACACGGUGGAAAUGGCCCUUCGGUAUUUGCAGCGCGGCCAUUUAACAGGCUUGUUUCUCGCGCCGGGCCCCUUGGCUACAUUGGCGGAUAGGCUGGAGGCGAUAAGGCAUUCCGGAGACCUGGAGACGUAUGGGGCCCUUGUGUCGCACUUGCGUGCCUUGCGUGUGUUGGUCACGGGGUCGAUGACGGUCAGCACGCCGCUAAAGAAGACCUGGAGGGAUAUAAGAGGUGGGAAGCACCUGACGGUGCUCUAUGGUAUGACGGAAUCGAUGGUCCUAGUGUCAGCGACGGAUUGGACUGAAUGCGUAGAUUCUCCAAUCGGCUCCUCUGGGCUGCGACUUCCCCAGGUAUCUAUUAAGAUUGCCAACACGGGCGAGAUAUGUGUCAAGACACCGGGGCUGGUUAAGAGAUACCUCUCCGCAAACCCCAGCGAUAUGAGCGAAAAGUUCGACUCGGAAGGAUUCUUCAAAACGGGCGACAUCGGUCGACUGGAGAACGAUGCGUUAUUCGUUCUAGGUCGCGCAUCCGAAGACGUGAUUCACCACCGAGCGUGGAGAGUGUACGCCCCAGAGGUAGAAGGCGAACUCGCCGAGCAUCCGCAAAUCCAGCAAGCCAUUGUGCAAAGUGUCCCGGAUGCCCUGCUCGGAGAUCAUGUUGCUGCUCUUGUAGUGAUGUCUGAUCGCCGUUCUCGAUGUCAGGAUGCACACACCGACGAAACCGAUAAGUUGGAUCUCCGUACGCUGCGAGAAUGGCUGGCCCUGGAACGGGGGAUGAGUGCGUCGAAGCUGCCUACCAUGCUCCGGAUUAUUCAGUCUGUCGAUGAGGUCCCAACGACGGCAUCGAUGAAGCCGAUCAAGAGGAAGAUCCGUGAGAAAUUCUUCGGCAAAGAUGAGCUGGCGAGUGGCAGGGUCGAAGCGUGGGAUCAGUCUUGGGUUGAGCCGUGGCUUGGACAUCGCCCGUUUGAUUGGCAAGGAAAGUUCUGA